UGACGCCGAGCGCAGACAGCAACCCGAAACAAAGACAACAGAAAACAGAGAAUGUGCUCCCGGUCCGACAGCGUGACCCUGACCGUUCAGGAGAGCUUCGCCUUCAGCCCCGGCAUGGCGACCCGCAGCACCCAGCCGGAGGUCUUCACCUUCGAGCGGAUCCCGCCUCAGGCCACCGCCGUGCGCUCCUACGUGCCAAUCCGGCCCAAGAAGCGCUGCACCCGGGUCAUGUACCCCGCCAAGGUCCGCAUGCACCUCCCGCCGCCGGAGCGCAGCCAGGCCAAGCGCUGGCUGGUCAUCCUGUGCCUGGUGGUGCUGUGGCAGAUCUACACCGAGGAGCCGUGCGUCGACGUGCCGCUGAGCGCAGACGGCUCCAUCAGCGACUAUCAGGGCUUCAGCUUCCAGUCAGCCGAGCAGCAGGCCCGGGAGAUGUCGGAGCGGAGCGCCGCGCCGAUCGGCUGCGAGGAAGCCGCCCAGCAGAGCGACUCCACCGGCUUCGAGCAGAGCGCAGGGAAGAGCAUGGUGGCCCUGCUGGUCUACCACAGACUGGGCAACGACAACUGAGUGUCCCGGACUGGUUCCGCCACACCGCCCGAAUCUGGCUGAUGGGAUGAAAAACUGAGGCGAACUGGAGGAGAUCCUCCGGAGAGACGCGGAGCGCCCGAGUGGCGCGCGCGGAGGGGAGGCUCCGAGCGCCGGCUUCACCCAGCCAGCAGACUCCCGCAGGGGGGAUGAAGCGUCUGGGACAGAGACAGAAUCUGGGAGAAUGACAGAACUGUGAAAACUAAGAAGAAAACAAAAACUUGAACUCCAUAAAACUUGAACUGAAUCAGUGAUUUCUGCACAGACUGACUGCACUGAGCCACAAAUUAAACGUUUCUGCAAGGAAACUGUCGCUUAUGUAGGCGGACAAGCCUGAACCUGACAUUCCUAUUGAUGUUAAUACUGUUUUUGUAUAGAUGUUAUUUGGUUAUUUAUUUUAUUUGCUAUUUAUUAUUUUGUAAUAAAAGUCUUGAAAUGAA